UGGAUAUAUUUAAUGAUGUGGAAUCAAGCAUCUGCACAUCUGGACACUUCUGCUCUCAGCUGCUGCACAUUUUGCAGCAGAAGCUAACUGUCUGCUAACUGUUUGUGUUAGUUUUUCAUAUUACAACUAAUUAGUGAUCUGCAUUCUGUCGGCUGAAAACACUGCAAAAUGUUAAAAAGAGCCGUUGUGAUGGCCCCACCCUUCCUGUCCUGCGUCACCCUCUGCAUCAUCGGCUCCAUCGCCACCGUCCUCGCACUUCCGCCUACUGAGCCGCCACUGAUCCACGACCACCCCUUUGUGGCCAUAUGGAACGCUCCCACCGACCAAUGUCGAAAACUCGACAUCCCUCUGGACACCGCGGCCUUCCAGGCGGUGACCACACCCUCCGCGACGUCUGGUCAGUUCCUCACCAUCUUCUACGAGGACCGCCUCGGCCUCUACCCUAAAGUCGACAUCGUGAAGCGCAAGAGCUACAGAGGCGGAGUCCCCCAGAACGGGAACCUGACGGAGCAUCUGGCCAAAGCUCGAAGCCAGAUCGAUCACUACAUCUCCCAGGAUUCCUCACCUGGGCUAGCUGUCAUCGACUGGGAAUCCUGGCGCCCUCUAUGGGACCUGAACUGGGGAUCGAAACGCAUUUAUCAGAAGCUGUCCAUCACUCACGCCCUGCAGAUGGCCCCGUUUUUAUCAUCAAAGAAGAUUCGCGACCUGGCAAAGCACCAGUUCCAGCAGGCUGGUCGACGCUUCAUGGAGAAGACCAUCAGCCUCGGCAUCGGCGAGCGUCCGAGCCGUCGUUGGGGCUUCUACCUGUUCCCCGACUGCCGCAACUACGGCUGGGAUAAGCCCGGCUACUCGGGGAAGUGCUCCCUGCAGGCCCAGACGCAGAACAACCAAAUGUUGUGGCUGUGGGAGCGCAGCACUGCCCUCUUCCCCUCCAUCUACCUGCAUCAGAGCCUGAGGAACUCCCCCCUGGCCAAGCUCUACGUCCGCAACCGUGUCCAGGAGGCCCUGAGGGUCGCCAUGCUGCCGAAACGUCCAUACACGAUGCCGGUCUAUGUCUACUCCAGGCCACUGUACCGGGACCAGACCCAGAAGUUCCAGACCCAGAUGGACCUGGUGAGCACCGUCGGAGAGUCUGCAGCUCUGGGAGCUUCAGGGGUCGUAAUGUGGGGAGGAACCAAAGACUACAACACUGAGGCUGCCUGUGAGUCUCUGUCUGAGUACCUGACGUCCACCUUCAACCCGUACAUCGCCAACGUCACAGCAGCCGCCAUGCUCUGCAGCGAGGUCUUGUGCCAGGGGAAGGGCCGCUGCAUCAGGAAGAACUACGACUCCACCCACUACCUGCACCUGAACCCCGCCAACUUCAGCAUCCUGCGGGCUAACAGGAAGUACGUGGCGAUUGGUCGACCCUGUGCCGCCGACCUGGACGCCUGGGCUGCAAACUUCACCUGUCAAUGCUACGCAGGAUGGCGCUGUUCACCCAAACUGUCGCAUCCAACCACAAUCAAACUCAUCUGGGUUUAAUCCUUUUACUGUUCUCAGAACAGCGCCCCCUGCUGAUCAGGUUAUGUAGUAUUCAAAACAAAUAAAACUAGUUUCUGUUAUUAAGUUAUGAACUCAUCUAUACGAUCCCGAUUCCAAAAAAGUCUCAGUGCUGCGUAAAACAGAAAUAAAGCAAAAUACUACAACCUUAGGAAACUGUUGUCAGUAAAUUUCAUGUAUUGGAUUUUGAUUGAUUUGAUUGCAAAUGAUUGAUUGUGAUUUUAUUCAUAUUUUACACAGAAUUCAGAUGUUUUAGGAAUCAGGGUUGGACAUCAGACCUCUGUGCUUAUUUAAAAAAACAGAAAAAUGAAUGUGGGAAAAACAUUAAUCAGACAUUACUGAUCUAUUUGAAACGAGAACCAAACUGAACCUCAAUAAAUGCUUUUCUGCAA